GGCCCAACUGCUAGUGGCUGAGUCCCCGGCGGGGCGAGGCGGCGGUAGCUGUAGGUGUCGGUAUGGGAUUCCCGAGCUGACGUGGCUUGGAUUGGGAGGGGGUGCAGCUGGAGCCUCCCGCGGCACCGCUUCCAGAAACGUUGAACCGAUUAUCAGGAUUAGCACAAAGUGUUUAUCAUGAAUUGUCAGGAGAUAACAGCAUUCAUGAUAUGAAUGCUUCCUUAGACUCUGAAUCAUCACAGAAAUCAGACAUGGAAUUUAAUAAUACAACACAAGAGAAUGUUCUGGAGCGUCUGGCUUAUGCAGAGCAGUUGGUGGUGAGGCUAAAAGAUGUUAUUAGACAGAAGGAUGAUCAACUGCAGCAGAAAGAUGACGCUUUACAGGAAGAAAGAAAAGCUGCUGAUGACAAAAUUAAAAAACUAAAACUUCAUGCUAAGGCCAAAUUAACUUCUUUGAAUAGACACAUAGAAGAAAUGAAGGCACAAGGAGGGACUGCUCUGACUACAGAACCUCAGUCAGAGGAGAAACUCUCUAAGCAUGACAAGAGUUCUACAGAGACUAUAGAAGUAGAAAGGAUAAAACAUAAACUCGAGGAGAAGGAAGAACUAAUUAGUGCUUUGCGAGCCCAGCUUACUCAGGCACAGGCAGAGCAAAUCGUACAGCUGGAUAAGAGUUCUACAGAGAUGGAAGAAUUUGAAAUAAUGAAACAACAGCUCCAGGAGAAGGAGGAACUCAUUGGCACUUUGCAAGCCCAGCUCAGCCAGACCCAGGCAGAGCAAGCUGCACAGUUGAGUUCCAUGCAGCAGGUGGUCCGAGAGAAAGACGCCCGCUUUGAAACACAAGUUCGUCUUCAUGAAGAUGAGCUUCUUCAGUUAGUAACCCAGGCAGAUGUGGAAACAGAGAUGCAACAGAAAUUGAGGGUGCUGGAGAGGAAGCUUGAAGAACAUGAAGAAUCCUUGGUGGGCCGUACUCAGGUCGUUGACUUGCUACAGCAGGAGCUGACUGCUGCCGAACAGAGAAACCAGAUUCUCUCUCAGCAGUUACAGCAGAUAGAAGCUGAGUGUAAUACUUUAAGGAACACUGUGGAAACAGAGAGACAGGAAUCCAAGAUUCUGAUGGAAAAGAUGGAACUUGAAGUGGCAGAGAGAAAAUUAUCCUUCCACAACCUGCAGGAAGAAAUGCAUCAUCUUGAGGAACAGUUUGGGCAAGCAGGACAAACCCAGGCUGAACUGGAGUCUCGGUACAGUGCUUUGGACCAGAAGCACAAAGCAGAAAUGGAAGAGAAGGAUGCUCACAUUCUGGGACUACAAAAGGCUGAACAAGAGCUGCAAUCUGCCUGUGAUGGUCUAAAGGAUCAAAAUUUAAAGCUUCUUCAAGAUAAGAAUGAACAGGAAAUUCAAUCAGCCCAGGCUAUUCAGCAGCUGGAAGAUCAACUCCAGGAAAAAUACAAAGAAAUUAACCAACUUGUAAAUAAACCAACCUUGCAACAACAUGAAAUAGUGUCUCAGCUUUCUUUCCCAGAUGUUUAUAAUGAGGGUACACAGGCAGUCACUGAGGAGAAUAUUGCCUCUUUGCAGAAGAGAGUGGUAGAACUAGAGAAUGAAAAGGGAGCUUUGCUCCUUAGUGCUAUAGAGCUGGAGGAGCUGAAAGCUGAGAAUGAAAAACUGUCUUCUCAGAUUACUCUCUUGAAGGCUCAGAAUAGAACUUGGGAAGCAGAUAGAGAAGUCGGUGAGAUCGGCAUGGCUAAUAUUGCCAAGCUCAACAAGAGCAGCUCUUUUACUGAGGAAAGUGGACAAGAUGUUCUAGAGAACACGUCGUCUCAGAAACAUAAAGAACUAUCAGUUUUAUUGUUGGAAAUAAAAGAAGCUCAAGAGGAAGUUGCAUUUCUUAAGUUGCAGCUCCAGGACAAAAAGACUGAGGGGGAUCGUGAGGUCCUUGACCAGAAAGAAAUGAAGCAGAUAGAGAAUGAAGAAAUAGCUCCAGUUAGAAUGAAAGUGCUUCUUGAAGAUACAGGGCAAGAUUUUCCCUUAAUGCCAAAAGAAAAGAGCAGUCUUCCAUCAGUUGAAACAGAACUGGUGAGCACUAAACAUCAAAGUAGAACAUCUGAGAAAAUACCUUUAAAUGACACUGGAAUGGAACUGAACUCAACAAAACAAGAUGAUGUUGAUAAAUCCCUUUCUGCUGUACCAGAUAUUGGUCAGUGUCAUCAAGAUGAGUUGGAAAGGUUAAAAAGUCAAAUUGUGAAGCUUGAGAUAAACUUUCACAAAGCAGAAGAAAACUAUGAGAAAAAUUUAGACGAGAAAGCAAAGGAAAUUAGCAACCUAACCCAACUGAUUGAAGAGUUUAAGAAAAAUGCUGAAAACACCAGCAGUGCAUUCACUGCUAUGUCUGAAGAAAGAGACCAGCUUCUUUCUCAGAUGAAGGAACUUAGUGUAAUAACAGAACUGAGGGCUCAGAUAAAGCAACUGGAAACAAGCCUUGCAGAAGCAGAAAGGCAAAGAAGACUGGACUAUGAAAGUCAAACUACUCAUCACAACCUUCUUACUGAACAGAUCCACAGCCUCAGUAUAGAAGCCAAAUCUAAAGAUGUGAAAAUUGGAAUUUUACAGAAUGAGCUAGAUGAUGUGCUGCUUCAGUGUUCUGAGCAGAAUACACUGAUAAGAAGCCUGCAAAACCAGCUGCAGAAGAAAGAAAGUGAAGUGCUUGAGGGGGCUGAACGUGUGAGGGACAUCUCAAAUAAGGUGGAAGAAUUGUCACAGGCUCUUUCACAGAAGGAACUUGAAAUAGCAAAAAUGGAUCAGCUCUUACUAGAGAAAAAGAGAGAUGUGGAAACCCUCCAACAAACCAUCGAGGAGAAGGAUCAGCAAGUGACAGAAAUCAGCUUUAGUAUGACUGAGAAAAUGGUUCAGCUUAAUGAAGAAAAAUUUUCUCUUGGGGUUGAAAUAAAGACCCUUAAAGAACAGCUCAAUUUAUUAUCCAGAGCUGAAGAAACAAAAAAAGAGCAAGUGGAAGAAGGUAAAGAAGUUGUUUCUGGCCUUAAACAUAAUUAUGAUGAGUUGAACCCAGCAGGGCUAAUAAGUAAAGAAGAACAUCAGCAUGAAUUAGAUCUUCUGAAGAAAGAAAGUGAGCAGAGAAAGAGAAAGCUUCAGGCAGCUCUUAUUCAUAGAAAGGAGCUUCUACAGAGAAUCAGUAGAUUAGAAGAGGAGUUAGCCAAAGCAAGAGAUGAAUCUAAGAAAGAGGUCCCAUUCAGUGAGAGUGGGAGGAGAGAAGUGAAGGAAAAUAAAGAGAACAAGGAAGACUCAGAAAAAUGUGUGACUUCUACAUUUCUAGAACUAGAAAUUUCUUUAAAACGGACAAUAUCUGAGAAAGAAGUACAGCUAGAACAUAUAAGGAAAGAUUUGGAAGAAAAGAUGGCAGCUGAAGAACAAUUACAGGCUAUGGUCAAACAGAUGAAUCAGAACUUACAAGAUAAGACAAACCAAAUAGAUUUGCUUCAAGCAGAAAUCAUUGAAAACCAAGCAAUUAUCCAAGAAUUAAAAACAAGUAACAAGAAUGUCAGUGAUGGGAACUCAGCAGCACCUGUUAAAAAAGCAGUGAUGAUCAGUCCACCUGGUGCAGAUAGUGGUGAACACUGGAAACUAGAACUGGACGAAAAGAUCCUGGGCCUUGAAAAAGAAAAGGAGCAACUUCAAAAGAAGCUACAAGAAGUCUUAAUCUCCCGCAAGGUGAUUUUAAAAAAGGCACAGGAGAAAGAAAAACAUCUUAGGGAGGAGCUAACACAACAGAAAGAUGACUAUAAUCGCUUGCAAGUACAGUUUGAUGAGCAAUGCAAGGAAAAGGAGAACAUUGCAGACAAACUAAGACAACUCCAGAUUCAAGCAAGGGAUUCCAUAGGUGGAAGACUCCCAGGCAAUGACCAGCAGGAACUGGGCUUUUCUACUCCAGGUUUAGAAGAAACUUUAUUCAAAGCCACAGAACAGCAUCCAACUCAACUUGUUUUAGAGCCCGACUUGUGCCCAUACUGGCCUUCUCACCCUGGAGAUGCAAGUGCUCUGCAGGGAAACACUUAUAUUGCUCAAAUUAAGGCCCAGCUGAAAGAACUAGAGUCUGAGAAAGAGGAGUUAGAAUUAAAAGUUAGUUCUACAACAAAUGAGCUUACUAAAAAAUCAGAAGAGGUAUUUCAGUUACAAGAGCAGAUAAAUAAACAGAGUUUAGAAAUUCAGAGUCUAAAGACAGGAUCCCAAGAAGCUGAAGCCCAUGUAGAAAGCCUGAAGCAGAAAUUUGAAAGCAGUCAGCUAGAAAUUGCUGGCUUAGAACAUCUAAAAGAAUUACAGCCUGAACUAGAUGAACUACGAAAACUCAUAAGCAAGAAGGAAGAAGAAGUUAGCUUCCUUUCUGGACAGCUUAGUGAGAAAGAAGAAGCCCUUGCUAAAGUACAGACAGAGAUAAUAGAACAAGAAGAUGUAAUUAAGGCUUUGCAUACACAGCUAGAGAUGCAAGCCAAAGAGCAUGAUGAAAGGAUAAAGCAGUUACAGGUGGAACUCUGUGAAAUCAAACAAAAGCCCACCAUGACUGAAGAAGAAAGUAGAACAAAGCAACAAAUACAGAGGAAACUGCAGGCUGCCCUUGUUUCUCGAAAACAAGCACUGAAAGAAAACAUGGGUCUCCAAGAAGAGUUGUCUUUGGCCAGAGAUACCAUUGAACAACUUACCAAGUCUUUGGCAGGUGUGGAAAGCCAAGUUUCUGCACAAAAUAAGGAAAAAGAUACAUUCUUAGGCAGAUUAGCUCUUCUUCAGGAAGAAAGAGACAAACUCAUUUCUGAGAUGGACAGGUCUUUACUGGAAAAUCAAAGUCUCAGUGGCUCUUGUGAAAGCCUAAAACUAGCUCUAGAAGGUCUUACUGAAGAUAAGGAAAACUUAGUGAAAGAAAUUGAAUCUUUGAAAUGUUCUAAGGUUGCAGAAAGCACUGAAUGGCAAGAGAAACACAAGGAGCUGCAAAAAGAGUACGAAAUUCUUCUGCAGUCCUAUGAGAAUGUUAGUAAUGAGGCAGAAAGGAUUCAGCACGUGGUUGAAACUGUAAGACAGGAAAAGCAGGAACUGUAUGGAAAGUUAAGAAGCACAGAAGCAAACAAGAAAGAGGUAGAAAAGCAGUUGCAGGAAGCUGAGCAGGAUAUGGAGGACAUGAAAGAAAAGAUGAGAAAGUUUGCUAAAUCUAAGCAGCAGAAAAUCCUAGAACUGGAAGAAGAGAAUGACCGACUUAAAACAGAGACACACCCUGUGGGAGAUACAGCUAAAGAAGGUAUGGAAGCACUUCUUUCUUCCAAUUCCAACAUGAAGGAAGAACUUGAAAGGGUCAAAACGGAGUAUGAAACCCUUUCUAAAGAUUUCGAGGCUUUGAUGGCUGAGAAAGACUCUCUAAGUGAAGAGGUUCACAAUUUAAAGCAUCAGAUAGAAGUCAAUGUAUCCAAACAAGCUAGCCUUGAGGCCACUGAGAAAUAUGAUAGCCAAAUGGAUGUCAUUGAAGAGGCAACCCCGUCUGUGCCAGGUGAGGCUAAAGAGCAGGAUUCUCUGAGUAUGAGCACAAGACCUGCAUAUCCAGAUCCUGUUCUGUCAGAGAACAGUGUCAAGCCUGACUUAAGUGAGAAUGUCAGCUCACAUGAUGAAAUCAAUAACUACCUACAGCAGAUUGAUCAGCUCAGAGAAAGAAUUGCUGAAUUAGAGGAAGAGAAGCAGAAAGACAAGGAGUUUAGCCAGACUUUAGAAAAUGAGAGAAAUGCCUUACUAAGUCAAAUAUCAACAAAGGAUGGUGAACUAAAAAUGCUUCAGGAAGAAGUAACCAAAUUAAAUCUAUUAAAUCAGCAAAUCCAAGAAGAACUCUCCAGAGUUACCAAACUAAAGGAGACAGCAGAAGAAGAAAAAGAUGAUUUGGAAGAGAGGCUUAUGAAUCAAUUAGCAGAACUUAAUGGAAGCAUUGGGAAUUAUUAUCAGGAUGUUACUGAUGCACAAAUAAAGAAUGAGCUACUGGAAUCUGAAAUGCAGAAUCUCAAAAAGUGUGUGAGUGAAUUGGAAGAAGAAAAGCAGCAGUUAGUCCAAGAAAAAACUAAGGCGGAAUCAGAAAUACGCAAGGAAUAUUUGGAGAAGAUUCAAGGUGCUCAGAAAGAACCUGGCAAUAAAAGCCAUGCAAAGGAACUUCAGGAGCUAUUAAAAGAAAAACAACAAGAAAUAAAGCAACUACAGAAGGACUGCAUCCGGUAUCAAGAGAAAAUUAGUGCUUUGGAGAAAACUGUUAAAGCCCUAGAAUUUGUUCAAACUGAAUCCCAAAAAGAUUUAGAGAUAACCAAAGAAAAUCUGGCUCAGGCAGUUAAACACCGCAAAAAGGCCCAAGCAGAACUGGCUAGCUUCAAAGUACUACUCGAUGACACUCAGAGUGAAGCAGCAAGGGUCCUAGCAGACAAUCUCAAGUUGAAAAAGGAACUUCAGUCAAAUAAAGAAUCAGUUAAAAGUCAAAUGAAACAAAAGGAUGAAGAUCUUGAGCGAAGACUAGAGCAAGCAGAAGAAAAACACCUGAAAGAGAAGAAGAAUAUGCAAGAGAAACUGGAUACUUUGUGGGGAGAAAAAGUCCACUUGGAAGAGAUGUUUGUAGAGAUUCAGGUUACUUUGAAUAAGAAAGAUAAGGAAGUACAGCAACUUCAGGAAAAUUUGGACAGUACUGUAGCCCAGCUUGCAGCCUUCACAAAGAGCAUGUCUUCCCUCCAAGAUGAUCGGGACAGGGUGAUAGAUGAAGCUAAGAAAUGGGAGCGGAAGUUCAGUGAUGCAAUUCAAACCAAAGAAGAAGAAAUUAGACUCAAAGAGGAAAAUUGCAGUGUUCUAAAGGAUCAACUUAGACAGAUGUCAAUCCAUAUGGAGGAAUUGAAGAUCAACAUAUCCAGGCUUGAACAUGACAAGCAGAUUUGGGAGUCCAAGGCCCAGACAGAGGUCCAGCUUCAACAGAAGGUCUGUGAUACUCUACAGGGGGAAAACAAAGAACUUCUGUCUCAGCUAGAAGAGACUCGACACCUAUUCCACAGUUCUCAGAAUGAAUUAGUUAAGCUGGAAUCAGAAAUUAGGAUUCUCCAAGAGCAGUCAGCCGAUUUAAAUAACUCCUUAGAAAAAUGUAAGGAACAUAAAGAAAAUUUGGAAGGGAUCAUAAAGCAGCAAGAGGCUGAAAUCCAAAACUAUAAGUUCAGUUAUGAACAAUUAGAGACUGAUCUUCAUGACUCCAGAGAACUUACCAGUAGGCUGCAUGAAGAAAUAAAUAUGAAAGAGCAGAAGAUUAUAAGCCUGCUUUCUGGCACGGAAGAGGCAAUUCAGGUAGCUCUUGCUGAAGUACAUCAGCAACAUUAUAAAGACAUUAAAGAGCUGGAAGACCUGCUGUCCCAAGAAGAGGAUAUUGUCUUAGAAGAGGAGAACAAAAAGGCUGUUCACAAAACCAGUCAGCUUAUGGAAACACUGAAAACCAUCAAAAAGGAAAACAUUCAGCAAAAGGCUCAGUUGGAUUCCUUUGUUAAAUCCAUGUCUUCUCUCCAGAAUGAUCGAGACCGCAUAGUAGAUGACUAUCAGCAGCUAGAAGAGCGACAUCUCUCUGUCAUCUUGGAAAAAGACCAACUCAUCCAAGAGGCUGCAACUGAGAAUAAUAAGCUUAAGGAAGAAAUUCGAGGCUUGAGAAGUCAUAUGGAUGAUCUCAAUUCCGAGAAUGCCAAGCUAGCUGCAGAACUGAUCCAAUACAGGGAAGAUCUGAACCAAGUGAUAUCAAUAAAGGACUGUCAACAAAGGCAACUUCUUGAAGCUCAACUUCAGCAAAAUACAGAGCUGAAAAAUGAAUGUACUAAAUUAGAAGAAAAGUUGAAGAAGUCUGAAGAAGCAAAAGUGGAUCUACAGAGGUCCUCUAAUGUCCUACAAGAGGAGAAACAAAGUUUAUUUAAAGAGAUUGAGAGUUUGAAAGUAUCUAUAUCCCAACUAAAGAGACAAGUGGCAACCUUGCAAGAAGAAGGUAUGUUAGGAGAGUAUCAUGCCCAACUGAAAGUAAAAGAAGAAGAAGUACAGAGGUUAAGCAUUACACUUUCCUCCUCUCAGAGGAGAAUUACAGAACUAGAAGAGGAAUUGGUUUGUGUUCAAAAGGAAGCUGCCAAGAAGGUAGGUGAAAUUGAAGAUAAACUGAAGAAAGAAUUAAAGCAUCUUCAUCAUGAUGCAGGGAUAAUGCGAAAUGAAACCGAAACAGCAGAAGAGAGGGUAGCAGAGUUAGCAAGAGAUCUGGUGGAGAUGGAACAGAAAUUACUCAUGGUCACCAAAGAAAAUAAAGAUCUCACAGCACAAAUUCAGUCUUUUGGAAGGUCUAUGAAUUCCUUGCAGAAUAGUAGAGAUCAAGCCAAUGAGGAGCUUGAUGAACUGAAAAGGAAAUAUGAUGCCAGUCUAAAAGAGCUGGUACAGCUGAGAGGACAACAGGGCCUCUUAAACACAGAGAAAGAUGCUCUUCUUUCUAAAGGUAACUUUCCAGUGAACUCCAUGGAGGAGAACAGCCUGUCUCAUCUUGAGAAACUUAACCAACAGCUCCUAUCCAAAGAUGAGCAACUGCUUCACUUGUCCUCACAAGUAGAAGAUUCUUACAACAAAGUACAGUCCUUUUCCAAGGCUAUGACCAGUCUGCAGAAUGAGAGAGAUCACUUGUGGAAUGAGCUGGAGAAAUUCCGAAAGUCAGAGGAAGGGAAGCAGAGGUCUGCAGCCCAGCCUACCACCAGCCCAGCUGAAGUACAAAGUUUAAAGAAAUCUAUGUCUUCACUCCAAAAUGACCGAGAUCGACUACUGAAGGAAUUGAAGAAUCUGCAGCAGCAGUACUUACAGAUUAACCAAGAGAACACUGAGUUACGUCCACUGAAGGAUCAACUUCAAGAAUAUCAAGAUAAGGCAAAAACAUUUCAAAUUAUGCAAGAGGAGCUCAGGCAGGAAAACCUCUCCUGGCAGCGUGAGCUGCAUCAGCUCAGGUAUGAUAAUUCUUCCUUUUCAACUCGUUUUCUUUUAACUUUUUAUUUUGAAAUAAUU